AUGGGGUAUUCAAGUGCUUUAGCAACUUUUUUUGUUUCCCUUGUUAUUGUGGUCUUCAUUAAUGAAAUAGAUGGAAAACCUUUAGUCCCUGCAUUUUUCAUAUUUGGAGAUUCUAGUUUUGAUGUUGGCAAUAACAACAACCUACCAACUACGAUUAAAGCAAAUUUUCCACCUUAUGGAAGAGACUUUAUGAAUCACAUUCCAACCGGAAGGUUUUGCAAUGGAAAACUUACUAUCGACUUCGCAUCUGAAUUUCUUGGAUUUAUCUCUUACCAACCAGCUUACCUCAAUUUAUAUAUCAAGGGAAAAAACCUGUUGAAUGGUGCCAAUUUUGCCUCAUCUGGUUCUGGUUACCAUGAGUCUACAGCCAAACUAUAUAAAUCAAUUUCAUUGAAUCAGCAGUUGGAAUUCUAUAAGGAUAGCCAAAACGAAUUAAUGAAAAUAGCAGGACGAUCAGAUGCAUUAUCAAUUAUAUUUGGUGCUGUAUAUCUUGUUGGUGCUGGGACUGGUGAUUUUUUGUUGAAUUAUUACAUGAAUCCUUUGCUUUACAAUGUUUAUACGCCUGAUCAAUUCUCAGACAUUGUUGUGGGAUGCUAUGCCAAUUUCAUUCAGAAUUUAUAUGCACUAGGAGCAAGGAAGAUUGUUGUGACAACGUUAACUGCAAUAGGUUGCUUGCCUGCAACCAUCACUCUGUUUGGUCCUGCUCAUAGCAACAAAUGUGUAGUCAAAAUAAACAAUGUUGCUAUUAACUUUAAUCGAAAGCUCAACUCAACAUCUGUGAACUUGAGAAAAGUGCUUCCUCGCCUCAAUUUGGUCCUCCUUGAUAUCUACCAACCUCUCUAUAAUUUAGUCACUGAACCCUCUAAAUAUGGAUUUUCUGAAGCAAGGAAUAGUUGUUUUGGGACAAACUUGCUAGAGAGAACUUCUAUAUUUCGUGAUAAAAAUGUGAUUGUAAGAUUAUGUGCUAAUGCAUCUAACUAUGUAUUUUGGGACGACCUUCAUCCCACGGAGGCUGCAAACAAGUAUUUUGCUGAUAAAUUGAUUUUAGAAGGCAUUUCCGUUAUACACUAAGCAAAAACUUUAAUUAUGGUCAUACACAUCUUAGCUCUGGAAUAAUUUCCUUGAAUAGGAAUCACUUGAGUCAUAUAUAAAUCAAAUGUAUUUGUAAUAACUUUAUGUAGCAUGCAACUAUACAUGCGACAUACUUUUAUAUUCCUCUAUUAUGGUAAUAAUUUAAA